ACCCCGACUCCAUCGAGAGCGCUUCUCGAAUCUUCGACACGGGCUGGUGGUUUCUUAACGCGUCGCGAGAUCGAAAGUGAGAUUGGACUGAGUACAUCGUCGAUUCUUAAUUAUUUUGGUGAUAUGACAUUACGACACCGUGAUGCCGCCAGACUGCCGGAAGAACGCGAUCAUUCUCAGGACCCAGCUGUCCGUGAGGGUUCACACCAUCAUAGAAAAAUUGCUGAACAGCGAGGGCCGCGAGCUGCGACGGGCUCUCUUCUCCCUCAAGCAGAUUUUUCAGGAGGACAAGGAUCUGGUACACGAGUUUGUGCAAAAUGAUGGACUCGCCUGCCUGAUCAAAGUCAGCAGCGAAGCCGACCAGAAUUACCAAAAUUACAUUUUACGAGCACUCGGCCAGGUGAUGCUGUAUGUCGACGGUAUGAACGGGGUGAUGGAACAUGGGCAGACAGUGGAAUGGUUAUAUACGUUAAUUGCUAGUCGUUUUCGGCUGGUGGUGAAGACGGCGUUGAAACUACUGCUCGUGUUUGUGGAAUACGUGGAAACAAACAGUCUGCUAUUGGUCAGAGCUGUAAGAGCGGUCGAUCAAGCCAGGGGCGUGGUACCGUGGAUUAACGUAAUGAAACUCCUGAAGGAUUAUGAUGCCGCCGACACAGAGUUGCUUAUAUACGCAACAACUUUGAUCAACAAGUGUUUGAACGGUAUCCCCGAUCAAGACACGUACUACGAUCAAGUGGACUGCCUGGAGGAACAGGGUAUGGAGGGCGUUAUCCAGAGGUACAUGUCAAAACAGGGCACAGAUCUCGACUUGCUCAGGCAGUUUCAGAUUUACGAAGCGGUACUACAUCACGAGGAUGGAGACAGAGGAUCACCUAUACGUCAAUUGGAUGACAAUAUAAGAAAAACUUUACGAAACCGAAAGUCUCUAGUGGAUUCUCACGAAAGGCGAAAGUCUCGGAGGCAUUCCACGGGUAAUUCACCCCUGUCAAUGUCUCUGAAUGCACGACUGAGCCCACGACUGAAUCAUACUCUGGGUGUGAAUACACUGAAUAACACCUUGAAUUCGAACCUACCAGAUGAUGACGACGAAUCAAGUAGUUCUCAAAGUUCUCAGGGUCAUCUAGGUGAAGUUCAGCUCAAUGGUAGUUACAAAGAGAAUAAAGUGGAUGUUGGUGUUACACCAGCGCUGAGACGACGAAGAGAACGCGCGGAGAGACAGAGGAGCUUCAUUAGAGAGCAACAAGAGGCUACUGCAAACCUGAGAGCUUCGCUUGGUCAUACCGAUGAUCAGGAAAGUCAGUUCGCAACAAACAGUCUACGAUAUACAAACGGUAUCUCUUAUGAGAGGAACGCUGAUUCUCCUUCGAACAAGUUGUCCAGAACGAACAGCAGAAAAGACUUGACGCCCUUGAUGAAUGCCGCGAACAAGCUCGACUCGGAGGAGAAGAAACCAUGGUAUGGCAAAAGUCCCAACGAAGGUGUCGAGUACAACGAGAGUAAUCACACCGACGAAGACGAGGAUCGUCGAGUGGUUCUACAGCUUAAGAGGGAAGGAACUGUCAAGGAUCUCACUCAGAAGUUGGCAGCACAGAAUCUUAUACCUAGCAGCCCUGUGGAAGAGAAAGUUUCCAGGAUAGGAGAUAUGAGCGGGUUGAUCUCGAAAGCAAAAGAAGGUCUAGCGAAGUCGAAGUCAAAAGCGGACGUACUAAAGUCGCCAACCAGCGAUAAUUUGCCGAAACUGCAGGAAACGAAGAAAUCAGAGAAUGAACUGCACUGGGAGGAACUGGUAAAGAAACUGAAGAGACCAUUGGCACUUUGCGACUUGGAUUUCACCGAUCUAAAUUCCGAAGAUGAGAUCGAUGUGCUGGGAUCUGCUAAUGUGACGAAUGGAGUACCACCGCCGCCACCACCGAUGGCACCUCCAAAUGGAGAUGUUUCAGCACCUCCGCCACCGCCGUUGGGGGCGAGAUUGCCACCGCCCCUUCCUCAGGGUCCCCCGCUGCCAUUCGGUGUCAGUUUGAAGAUGUCGAGGCCACUGCUACUAACUAACGAGACCAGUAACACGCCAAAGAGUCCGCCAUCGUUACUCGCGAAGAAGAGCAAGAAGACGGUGAAGCUGUUCUGGAAGGAAGUACGAGACGAUCCCAACAUUCUUGCACGGCUCGAAAAACACAAGAUGAUCUGGGACGAACUAACGCCUGUGGCCGUCGACACACAAAAGCUCGAGCAUCUUUUCGAGAGUCGCGCUAAGGAUCUCAUCACCAAGAAACAGCAGGAGAUGAACAAGAACAAGGAAAUUAUUGUGCUAAAUCAUAAAAGAUCAAACGCCAUUAACAUUGGUAUGACGAAACUGCCGCCGCCAAGAUCCAUCAAGACUGCGAUUUUGAAAAUGGAUGCUACAAUUAUGAAUAGAGAGGGUAUCGAGAAACUGCUAACAAUGCUACCUACUAAGGAAGAAAAGUCCAGGAUACAAGAGGCACAAGCUGCCAAUCCCGACCUUCCUUUAGGAUCGGCCGAACAGUUCCUUCUAACUUUGACCUCCAUUUCGGAAUUACCAGCAAGGCUAAAGCUGUGGGCAUUCAAGCUAGACUUCGAAAAUUCUGAGAAAGAAAUCGCAGAUCCUUUAAUGGAUUUGAAACAGGGUAUGGAGACCUUACGAGUGAAUAAAACGUUCCGUGGGAUUCUAAGCACACUCCUUUCGAUCGGGAUAUUCCUCAACGGAAAUGAGGUGAAGGGCUUUCAACUAGAAUACCUCGUCAAAGUACCUGAAGUGAAGGAUACGGUUCACAAACACUCGUUGCUUCAUCAUCUUUGCCACAUGGUGAUGGAGAAGUUUCCGGAUUCUACAGACCUCUAUUCCGAGAUUGGUGCGGUAACGAGAGCCUCGAAAAUCGAUUUCGACGAGCUGGCGGCGAACAUCGCGAAACUCGAGAGUGAGUGCAAAGCGUCUUGGGACCAUCUCAAGCUCAUUGCGAAGCACGAUGGUUCUACGAUGAUGAAGGUCAAGAUGUCUGAUUUCCUUGCUGAUUGUGCCGAAAGGAUAAUCGUCUUAGGCAUCGUUCACAGACGUAUCAUAAACCGUUUCCGCAAAUUCAUUCUGUGGUUGGGUAUACCACUACACAGGAUACAAGACACAAAACCAAACGAGUUUUGUAGGAUUGUGUCCGAAUUUGCUCUGGAGUACAGAACCACUAGGGAACGAGUGAUACAGCAGCUCGAGAAGAAAGCCAAUCAUCGAGAACGCAAUAAGACCAGAGGAAAGAUGAUAACAGAGGUCGGUAAGUUUCGUACAAAAGAGGAUCGAGCGGACGCGGAACUCAGACAACUACUUGGCAGUGACAUUUCAGAUGUCGAGAGUAUCCACGGCACUUUACCAUGGAGAAGACAGAAGAAAGACGGACGUAUAAUUUCACUGGGUCCGGUACUCAGGGACGAAAGCACCAAUGGUAAUUUAGCUGAUGGCGUUGACGAAUUAUUGGAAUCUCUGGUGAAAACUGCAACAAAAACGCCAGCCACUAGAACCACGCCACGCGAACGCAAGAGGACCAGACACGCCGAUCGUAAGUCUUUGCGUAGAACGUUAAAGAACGGUCUCUCGGAAGAGGAGAAGAAGCACAUCGCCGCCUACAUCAAGGGCUACUGACUGUGAUAAUACUCGAAGGCCACAACAUGCUCUCACGAAACGAGACGAAGAAGGAACAGGAAGCUAAUACUGCGAAGGGGCGGAACAGCGGAAGCUCGGUGAAAACAUUGCGACCUCUCCAUCGUAGAUCUUCGACUAUAGGAUCCCGUUUUCCCCUAUUACCAGGAUGCUCCGAGAUCGGACGGUAUCGACGAUCGACUCUACGACACGUCGCUGACGUUCGUCGAAUUCAAUAUUCGCGUGAAGCCCCAUGUGCACUUCAUGUGUGCACCUGUCAUUCGAUUUGCUAAGGUAGGAUGAUAAGUAUGAGCAAAAAAAAACAGGAAAAAGAUAUUAUAGUUUUGUUGCGAAUUAAACAAGUAUUAAUCGGUGAUUUAGGCUUAAGCCAAUGAUUGAGAACAGGUAUUUCUCUUAACACGUCGUUCGCGCACGAGAAACAAUAUCUCGGAUGCGUAUUAGGAAUUAUUAUUUAGGAAUGUCCUUAUAGAAAGAUUUUUAUUAUGUAAGUCCUUCUGUAAACAUUUUUCUGUUUUACAAAAUUUUCCUUAUUUUGUAUAGAAAUUUAUGAAAGUUUCAAGUUGUUUACGUUUCCUUUUGCCUCUUUGAAAGUUAUUACGCGUGUUGUGCGUAUAUUAUAUACAUUUUACGUAUGUAUCGUACUCGGUACUUCUCGGAAGAUUCACUCGAAUCGCGAACGACAGGGUCGACUUGACAAUCAUAUAACAGCACGUGCCUCGACGAAUUUUUAUAAUCGAUCGAUUUUUAAGAGCGACUAUUCCGAGUAAUCGAUGCUUUUGUAUCGAUCCAUUUACAACGAAGAAACAACCAUUUUGCAUACGAAGUAAAUAUAUUCUAGAUUCUAGAACGAAUUCCUGUCGAAUAGCAAACACAUACCGGACAACAUAAAUCUGCCUAGCAGCUUAAUUAUUUUAAUCAUCAUUUUAUUAUUGCGUUUCGUAGAAACGCAUAAUCACAUUCAUUGUAAUUUCUGUGGAAAUGAUUCUUUAAAUAAAAAGAGAAGCAAUUAUAAAAAUA